CUGGAAUGCUGGUUUACCAAUUGCUUUAACUAAGGCCCAGCUCCAAAAUUAUUCCUUGUGAAUUUUAACAUGUUAAUAAACCUUUUACUUAGAACCCUUUUGGUUUUUAUGCUUUUAAUGACCAUUUUUAGGUGCAUAUUUUGUAAAGGCGUUUUCUUUAAUGGAUUAUAGUGUGUAAUGCUGGUGACUGGUGUUUGGUCCAUUGUUCUUUGUGAAAUAUUACAAGUGCAGAUGCUCUUUUUCUUGGCAUCCAAGUGAUUUUUUUGCUUUUAGCUAUUAUCUUUAGGUGCUAAUUGGAGUAAGGAAGCAGAAAAAAUGCUCGUAUUGUUUGAAACGCCGGCAGGCUUUGCACUUUUCAAAGUACUCGAUGAAGGAAAACUCUCUAAAGUUGAGGACUUGUCAAAAGAGUUUACGACGUCUGAUGCUGCUAGAAAGGUUGUCAAGUUGAAAGCUUUCUCUAAGUUUGAGAACACUUCAGAAGCACUCUCAGCAGCAACUUUAUUGAUAGAUAGCAAGCCUAGCAAAGGACUUCGGAAGUUUUUGAAAGCACACUGUGAUGGUGAAACACUGGGUGUUGCUGAUUCAAAACUUGGAAAUGCGAUUAAAGAGAAACUGCAAAUUGAAUGUGUUCACAAUAAUGUUGUGAUGGAAUUGAUGAGAGGGUUGAGAAGUCAGUUAACUGAACUCAUAUCUGGUCUGGCCACUCAAGACUUGGCUCCAAUGAGCUUGGGUUUGUCUCACAGUCUUUCAAGAUACAAGCUGAAAUUUAGUCCUGACAAGGUGGAUACAAUGAUUGUCCAGGCCAUUGGUUUGUUGGAUGAUCUUGAUAAAGAGCUAAAUACCUAUGCAAUGAGGGUACGAGAAUGGUAUGGCUGGCAUUUUCCUGAGCUCGCAAAGAUUGUACAAGAUAACAUCCUUUAUGCCAAGGCGGUUAAGUUGAUGGGUGACCGUGUCAAUGCUGCAAAGCUUGAUUUCUCUGAGAUACUUCCGGAAGAGGUUGAGGCGGAAUUGAAAGAGGCAGCCAUGAUUUCAAUGGGAACUGAAGUUAGUGAUCUUGAUCUGGAGAAUAUUAAAGAUUUAUGCAGCCAAGUCCUGUCCUUCUCUGAGUACCGGGCUCAGUUGUAUGAUUAUUUGAAGAGCAGGAUGAAUACCAUUGCCCCAAAUCUUACGGCUCUAGUGGGAGAACUUGUUGGAGCUCGCCUUAUUUCCCAUGGUGGCAGCUUGAUGAAUCUUGCAAAACAACCUGGAAGUACAGUACAGAUACUUGGUGCAGAAAAGGCGCUCUUUAGAGCUUUAAAGACGAAGCAUGCUACUCCCAAGUACGGGCUUAUAUAUCACGCAUCUUUGAUCGGUCAGGCAGCACCAAAACACAAGGGUAAAAUCGCAAGAUCUCUUGCCAGUAAAGCUUCUUUGGCAAUUCGAUAUGAUGCUCUUGGAGAUGGCCAAGAUAAUACCAUGGGUUUGGAGAAUCGGGUCAAGCUCGAAGCACGAUUAAGAGCUUUAGAAGGCAAAGAGCUGGGUAAAUCAGCUGGUUCUGCUAAAGGGAAACCUAAAAUCGAAGCUUAUGACAAGGAUCGUAAGAAGGGUGCAGGAGCAUUAAUAACACCAGCUAAGGUUUACAAUCCUUCUGCUGAUGCUGUUCUCGGUUGUACCAACAAUGAGAGUGUAGAUGAACCACCAUCCCAACCUGAGGUAUCCGAGAAGAAAAAGAAAAAGAAGAAGUUUGCUGAAGCAGAGGAUAAUGACAUUGUUGAAUCUGUAGAAACGGUGACGAAGAAAGAGAAGAAGAAAAAGAAGCAUGCUGCUGCUGAUGGUACUGAAGAAAAUGGUGAAGUCGAAAAGAGUGAGAAAAAGAAGAGAAAACAUAGUGAUGAUGAUGAUGAAAGUGAAACUGCUGAUAAAAAGAAAGAGAAAAAGAAGAAAAAGAAGAAAACUGAAGAAUAA